AUCUCUACCCCCUCCCCUCCAUCUUUCCUUUCCUUUUUUCUCACCCGCCACCUCCUCGCUAUUUAGUACCCGCGACGCCAUCUCUUCCCUUUUGCACAACUCCUUCGCCGCCACCACCCGCCGAGUCCACGGGCUCGGCCACCACCACCACCACCUGCUUUUCCUCCUCCUUGUGGAGGCGCCGACGUCCAAGCUACAGUAGGACUGUAGGAGGCUCCCGGAGGCAGAGAGCCAUGGGGCCAGCGCCGAGGGCCGUCGAGCCCGUGAAGCAGCGGGUGAACCGCUGCCUGCUCCGGCUGUCCGACAGGGACACGGAGGCCAUGGCCGCCAACGAGCUGGACGCCAUCGCGCGCGGGCUGGACGCCGACGAGCUCCCGGUGUUCCUCGCCGCCGUCUCCGACACGCGCCCCACGGACAAGACCCCGCUGCGGCGGCACUCGCUCCGGCUGCUGGCGCUCCUCGUCGCCGCGCACCCGCGGGACGCCGUCGCGCCGCUCGUGCCCAGGCUCGUCGCGGCCGCGCUGCGCCGGGUGCGCGACCCGGACUCCUCCGUGCGCGCCGCGCUCGUCGACGCCGCGCGCGCCGUCGGCGCGGCGUCCCCCUCGCCGCCCGCGGCGCUCGGCCCGCUCGCCGACGCGGUGCUCCACGAGCAGGACCAGUGCGCGCAGCUCGCCGCUGCGCUCGCCGCGGCGGCGGCCGUCGAGGCCUCCGCUCCGACGUCCGACCUCGCCGCCUACCUCCUGGCGCUCCUCCCGCGCCUCCUCAAGCUCCUCCGCAGCGCCGCGUUCAAGGCCAAGCCGGCGCUCAUCUCCCUCAUCGGCGCCGCCUCGGCGGCCACCGACGGCGAGGCCGCCGCCACAGCGGUGCCGUGUCUCCGUGACGCGCUCGCAGGGGACGACUGGGCCGCAAGGAAAGCAGCCGCCGAGGCGCUCGCGUUGCUGGCUCUGGAGCAUGGAGACGACCUUGCCGCCCACAAACCCUCUUGCAUUGCCGUCUUCGAGGCAAAGAGAUUCGAUAAGGUGAAGAUUGUGCGGGAGUCCAUGAACCGGAUGAUCGAGGCGUGGAGGGAGAUCCCGGACAUGGAGGAGGAUGUGUGCUCCUCCGACGCGCGGCCAUCAUCGCUGUCGCCGGCCAGAACUUCUCUCACAGAUGGGGCAAGUGACGGUAGAUACCCAGCUGAUUCCCCCGGAUCCAACUCUGUCAAGUCAGUAACAAGGAGGAACUUGCCACCGGCAAGCAGGUCACCCCCAUCAGAUGCAUUGCGCAACGUCAGUAACAGAAGGACCAGUCCGUCUUCCCUCAGAAACAAGAAGAAUUCGCCGCCUUCACGCCGCGAUGUGGACAAUAAGGUUGGUGUUAGUGUUGCCCCAGAUGCCACCCCGAUCAAAACGGUGACCGAGGAAAAGCUUCUGAAAGAUGGUAAUGUUAGAGCAAGGCUUGAAGCACGGAAGAUGUUAUUCCAGAAGAGUGGUGAGAAGGGGUACAAGAAGUUGGCAGGGCUCAAGUCAGGGUCUAGAGUUGUUCCAUACAACGGGGAUGAUGACUCCGAAGAGACUACAGAGGUUGAGGAUGGCUCUUCGGAGUUUCAGUCAGACGUGCCUGAGGAGUUACCGUCGGACGGGCCAGAGGAGUUCGAGUCAGCUCACAAAGAUGAGGACCUGUCAAAGAUCAGGAUGCAGCUAGCUCAGAUAGAGUAUCAGCAGACAAACUUGCUCGAUCUUCUCCAGAAAUUUAUGGGGAGCUCCCAGAAUGGGAUUCGUUCCUUGGAGACCAGGGUGAACGGGCUUGAAAUGGCAUUGGACGAGAUAUCCCGUGACUUGGUUGCCUCUUCAGGAAGGAUGCCACAGAAUGAACCUGACAUGAACACCUGCUGCAUCCUGAGCCCAAAAUUCUGGAAAAGACAUGAUGGCGGUAGAUACUCAUCUAGGUACUCCGUGACUGACAUACCAAACUACUCUGAGGAGAACAGAGCUUCUUACAAGUGGGAGAGACAGAAGUUUGGAGUUCAGGGUGGGUUUGUGACCAACCCAUUAGCAGAGCCAAACACUUCAUAUGUAGGGAACAAGGUGAUUGCUCAGGAAGGCAGGAGGCAGAAUUCAGCACAAUAUAAGUCGAGGUAGGAUGCGUUAGAUGCGACAAAGAUGCCGCCCCGUGUGAAAUCUGAACUACCUGCAUUAACAAGGCAUGAGCAUACAUCAUUUCGCUGAACCUUCGGAGGCUUUUUCUUCGUUUAUCCAAAAUUCGAAGCUGAGAUGUACAUGAAUUAUGGAGAUCUCUUUGCGAGCUGCUUCAGCAUUCAGAUACCUGAGGCAGAGGCUAGACUCUAAAGCAAGAUCCUCAGUGCGAUGUGGACACUGUUUGUAUUAUACAUUGGCCACUGCAGGUGUACUGAGGGUAAAAGCAUAUGUGGAGUUUAGCGUGCGGAAAAUCGAGAUCUUAGUGCAUGGAUAUGUGCAAAUGUAUCUUGUACUGCUUGUAUAGUUCCUAUGCUGCUCAUGCUGAGAUCAUGAAUGGAGAAGAUCCAACAACGUCCUUUUGUGCCUGUGCUUCUUUCUCUAGCGUUGCUUGGUUGGGGAGCUAUGUAGGAGUACUUUUUGUUUUUGUUCCAGACGUUUGGUAUCCGGUCUAUUAUGGCAGAGUAACAAAAUUUAGCAGGGAAUCGUGUACAUCAUGUUCUUGGAUGAAUGAGACCCCAUUUGGCAA